AAAAUGGCAGGAGACAAAGAUACUGAAGGAGGAGAAUAUGUCUACUCCGAAAAAAUUCUGAAAAGGAUGUUCAAGAUACCAUAUCCCAAUUGACAGACUCCAAGGAUCGCAAACUUGAUCCUGAGCAUCAGCUUAACACAUUUGGUGAAGACCAAGAAGACUUUGAUAUGGCUGUCAUCAAUGAAAUUGCAUUAACAGAAGACGAUGUUAAUAUGAAAGUUCUUACAUUGAGAGCAAUGCUUAUUGGUUGUUGUCUUGCUGCUCUUAGUGCUUCGGUUCAACAACUCAUGUUCUUCAAGCCAGGUGGUAUAGGGUUGUCCAGUACAUUUAUGUUAAUUGUUGGUUAUGUCUUGUGCACUCUUUGGGCUAAAUACUUACCUCAAGGUGGCUGGUUAAAUCCUGGUCCUUUCACUAUUAAGGAGCACACUUGUAUCUAUAUCUUGGUCGCUUCGGCUAAUACUUCUGCUUAUGGUACCUACAUUCUUUCUGCACAAGCCCUUUUUUACGAAAACUCCCCUUCUGUUGCUGGUGGUAUAUUUCUGUUGCUUGCCACACAAAUUGUUGGUUAUGGUAUUGCCGGUCAACUCAGACCUUAUCUUGUGUAUCCAGCAAACAUGACAUGGCCUCUUUCUUUACCCACUGUUUCAUUGAUUAAGACUUUAAACACGGACGCUGACGAGGCUAAGUGGCGCACAAGAUUCUUCUUCAUUGUAUUUGGUUCUAUCUUUGUAUACGAAAUAAUUCCUCAGUACAUCUUCCCUAUGUUGGGUGGUAUUUCUAUUAUUUGUCUCGCAAAGAAUAACAAUGUCUGGGUUCAACGCGUCUUUGGUGGAUUGACUCCUAACGAAGGUAUGGGAGUUCUAUCAUUAAGUUUUGAUUGGUCUUUUAUCUCUGAAAUGAAUCCUCUUGUCGUCCCCUUCUGGGUUCAAUUGAAUGUAAUUGGUGGUUUAUUUUUAUUCUGGAUUAUAACACCACUUGCGUAUCAUUAUAAUGUCUGGAAUGCUCAAAGUUUCCCUUUCCUCUCUAACAGUAUCUUCCAGCGUUUCGACAACGGUACUUCUAUCAUAUAUCCUCAAACGGCCGUAUUAAAUCCCGACAAUAGUUUAAAUCAAACUCUUUUCGAAGCAGUUGGCAACCCUAGCUUCAGUAUUUCUAACGGUUUGUCGUAUAUUUAUAUCAAUCUUGGUGUGACAGCCACUAUAACACAUGUUGCGCUUUACCACGGCAAAGAUAUUUGGACAAUAUUUCGUAAUCUCAGAAAAAAAGUUCUUGGUGGUGGUGAAGUUGAUAUUCACAUGAAGUUGAUGCAAGCCUAUCCCGAGGUUCCUAAUUGGUGGUUCUAUUUGGUCUAUUUCGUUGGUAUCGGGCUCAAUAUUGGUAUUGGAUAUGCCAAUGGCUCUCAACUACCAUGGUGGGGUUUUAUCUUGGCCAUCGUAAUCUCUACUGUUCUUUCACUUCCCUUAAACAUGAUUCAGGCUAUUACUGGUAACAGUUUCGGUUUAAAUGUAUUCGCUGAAAUGGUCUGCGGUUUUAUUUUACCUGGUUACCCUAUUGCUAAUAUGUACUUCAAAACUCUUGGUUUUAAUACCAUGAAUCAAGCUGGCUUAAUGGUUCAGGAUAUGAAGAUUAGUCAUUACCUCAAGGUCCCUCCCAAGAUGACUUUCCUUCACCAAAUAGUUGGCACUGUGAUUGGCUGUCUUUUCAAUUAUAUUGUUAAUGAAUCUGUUGUUAAAAACGAACGUGAAAUUCUUCUUAGCCCAGUUGGUAACCGGUUCUGGAAUGGAAACAAGCCUCAUUCUAUUAACUCUGCUGCUAUUACUUGGGGUGCUAUUGGUCCUAUGGCCAUGUUUGGUCCUGGUACACAAUACUAUAUUUUCCUUUGGGCCUUUAUUAUCGGAUUAUUCUUGCCCGUUCCCUUCUGGUUAUUGCAUAAGAAGUUUCCUAAGGCCGGUUUCCACUAUGUAAACACUCCCAUGGUAUUAAUUGGUCUUGCAGGAUUUAUGCCUGGUGGUAGUAGUAGUUUUAUUACUGUUAGUAUCAUCACUAUAUUCGUUUCUCAAUACUACGUGAAGCGUCGUCACAGCAAAUGGUAUGCCAAGCACAAUUAUUUGAUGUCUGCUGCUUUGGAUUCGGGAACAUCCUUGAUGGCCUUCUUUGUCUCUUUAGUUUUCUAUGGUGCUGCCAGUGGUAAAGUUUAUAAUUUCCCCAACUGGUGGGGUAAUGACAAUGAGUCUAUCUACAUGGAUCAGUGCUGCAAAAACUGUGAUUUGUAAAUCAUGAAAACCCACUACACUUACUUAUAUAAUUUUACGUAUUUAUUUAAUAUCUUUAUAAUUUAAUCGUCUUUCUCUAUCUCUAUUAAUAAAUGGCUUCAAAUCUCACU